AUGUCCCCUUCUAUUUGCUGCAGAUGCAACGAGGAGAUUUGGCCCAGGGCCAUCAAAAGCUUGGGCAAGUCGUACCAUCCGCACCACUUCACCUGUACGGAAUGCGGCCUAGUGGUGGAUCCUAAGCUGUUCUUCGCGGUGGCUGACGAGGUGGUAUGCAGUGAGUGCUAUCUGGGCAAGCAUGUCGCUCGGUGCUCCGCCUGCCGGGCUCAGAUCCUGGAGCGCGGCGUGGCCACCGGCGGGCGCAAGUGGCACGAAAAGUGUUUCCGGUGCGUGAGCUGCAGCAGACCGCUGAUCUCGGCGACCUUUUUCGAAAUUAACGGAUACCUCUUCUGCAAGUCACAUUUUCGGGAACUGUUUUCGUCCCGCUGUGCCGGCUGUGCGAAACCAAUCGAUGAACGAGCCGUUGUCGCGCUGAGCACCAAGUGGCAUUUGAAGUGCUUCAGGUGCCACGAGUGCCACCGAAAGAUCACCGCCUCUGAGUUUGGGAUCCACCAAGGACAACCCGUCUGCCUCGACUGCCAACCCAUCGAUCCGAGUCCCCAAAAUUUGUGUGCCUCAUAA